UGAUCCUACAUGAUAUUGUAUUUGUAAAAAAGUCUUUUCUUUUUCUUCCGGGAGACUUUACAUUUAGGAGAUUUCUUCGAUAAGAGUAAAAUGUAUAUCAACGUAGUCAUUCUUUGUAGCAUAUUUCAAGCUUAUGCCGUCACAGCGCAAAUAACAGAUAGGAAAUCAAGAGGAAAAGAAAAUGCCGUUUCAAACCUCAUACCAAAACCACGAUUCAGGCAUGAGUUAUUUCAAAUAAUUAAUAAAGACAUUUCUCUACCCCCUAAUGUCAUGCCGAAUGCUUUUGCCAACAACAGAAGAUCUCCUAUCUUAAGGAAUAGAGAUUUGCGGAAAGUACCAUUUAGAAAUCAAAAUCGCCUCGAAAAACAAAGAGGAUUCAAUACAAAUAUACAACAUAAACAAAUGAAUAAGUCAAAUCGAAAAAUGAAUUUGUCAAAAGUGGUCAAUUCGAGACGAAUAAAGAAAAGAAAUCGUUCUAAGGGGAGUAAAGUAAUAGAAGGACCGAUUCCGAUUUUACGUAGGGAUGUCACUUUGCAACAACAACGCGUACUUCCGUUAACUUUCAGCUCACUCGGAAUUUUACCCACCAGUGUAAGUAUAGAGAAUCCGACCCCGGACAGCCGAAUUAGACUCGAUCGUACACUGGAAAGUAAUGUUCUUGGUCAAAGUCUGUUACCACUACAAAAUAACAACGUUGGACCUACAUUCCCGACACAGCCUAAUAAUGCCAGAAUAAACAUACCGGAAGGGUCAAGAUUUUUUAACACGCCACCUAUACAGCAGCCCCUAAAUCAGGAGAGAAGGGGACAAAAUGCAAACGUACGCAACGGAAAUUUUCAAGGAACUACCGAUAACCUUUUCGAACCUGAAUGGCCUCUACCAGUAUUUCGUCCGGAAGGAGUCCAGUUCCCCUUUUUAGAACCGGACCAAAAUAUCUUUCCAACACCACCAACGGUAAGGCAACAAUCGUUUGGUCUAUUUCCAUCACCAAGCCGACCACAGUUUAAUGGUUUGCAUUUCUUUGGAUCACCACUUCGACGAUUGCCUCCAAUUAUGCCAACUGUACCACUUUCGCUGAAUUACUUACCAUAUUUAAAUUAUGUGGAUAACAUACGUCUGGCAGAAAAUCUUGAUAUAGAUACACCAGACAAUGUUUUACCUAAUUCAUUUCCCACAAGACCACAUUUCACUCAAUUUUCACAAUUCAUGAGAACAAGAUUCGGAACUGUACCUAUUUUUCCUUUAAGCAGAGGAGUAAUUAUACCAUUUCCAAGGAGACGAAACAUACUUCCGUUACGAUCUAGAUCACGAUCAUUUCAAACGUCAACACCUUUUCAAUCACAAUUUACUAAUGUUAUAACAACGCCACCUAGCGUUCAGUCAAGUUCGCUUGUCCCGCCACCUAGCACUUUUUUCUUCAGAGAUGAAGACACGAGUCCUUUUUAUCAACAGCCAUUCUAUAAUCCUUACUAUUUGGACACAUUUGGUACAUUUUUAUCGGAUUUUAAAGAACCUCCAAGAAAUAUUACUAGAUCAGAAAAUGGACAAAUUGUGCGACCUUUUCGAAAAGAAAAGGCUGAACGAAUUAAGAUGUCAAGGUCACUUGGAACACACAAUGUAUUUGAAAAAGACAAAUUGCUAAAAAUGGAUUCCUUUCCUGAACGACAAAAGAGUUCUAAAGAUAAGAAAUUAAAGGUGAACGCGAUGUCUUACAGAAAAAUUAUACGUGAGUAUCAAUCAUUAAUAUGGAAGUUAGACUCAACAUCUGUCAUUUAA